CAACAGUGAGAUAAGGUUGUGUGGAUGAUGUACCAAAAUGACGGCGCAUUUUCCCACAGGACAUAGAAGGAGAAGCAACAGCUUGGCUUGCAGCGAUAUAGACAUUCUACCAGACCUGAUAGAAGAUAUCACAGGGGAGUGGCAUGCUACGCCCAAGAACGAGAGAGUAGACACCAAAACGUGGAUCGAAGAGGAGCCAGAAAACACACCAUGCGAAGAAGUAAUAACCAAAAAGCCCAUUUCAUCAUCAUUAUCAGUGGAAGAGGGCAUAAAGAUGAAAUAUUUCAUUCACAAAGAUACCAACUACGACUUCCAAAGACAAAGAAGUGAAUCUAAACAGAGAAGUAACUCCUCAUCAACUGGUCACAUCUUCAAGAGCUGCCUAGGCGGCAGUGUGCUAGCAAUACACGACGCCUACAGGAGAUGUGGGGUUUGGACCAGCGUCGCCACUUCCCUGAUACUGGGUUACUGCAUCGCUUAUGGUAUACAUUUAACAGUAAAAUCAGCGCAGACGCUGUACAUGCGGUUGCACAUACCAGAGCUGUCCUACUCCAAGCUUGCUGAAGCGGCGAUGGAUGUAGGACCUUUCCCAAGACUGAGAAAAUACAGCAAACUCUUUAGAUACCUAGUAGAAUUCACCACCUGUGUCAACCUCUUUGGAGUAUGCUGCGUCUACCAGCUCAUCAUAGCCAGAAUCAUGAAGGAACUGUUCGGUAGCAUACAGAAUCUACCGUACGAAGACUUGGAUUUGCUGCGGUUUUACGUGCUUAUACUGCUGGUACCGACUAUAGUGUUAUGCAUGAUGACUAGGCUAAAGCAUUUGAGUCCUUUUGUGGUGGUCGCAGACUUGAUCAUAGUGACAUGUGCCAUAGCGAUGGUGUACUACACAGUGAAGUCCCCACCCUCACUCUCGGAUCUACCCCCAUGGAAAACCCCCAUGGGUUUCCUCCAGUUCUGUGGAGUUUUCGCGUUUAGCAUAGAAGGGGUCGCCAUGGCUCUUCCCAUCGAGAACAAUAUGAAGAAUCCGGAGAAAUUCACUACGGUUAUGGGUGUUGGUAUGAGCGGCGUAGUAUCUCUCUCUCUUGUGUUCGGAGUGCUGGGGUACUGGAGGUACGGGGAGGACUCUCUCUCCCCGGUUAUACUCAACUUUCCUCCUACAAUGUUCCCAACAAUCCUCAAAUACUCCAUAGCGGUUCUCCUCUUCAUCUCAUUCGCCAACAUUUUCUGGACUCCCUUCAACAUGGUGUGGCACUACCUGAGCCGCCGGCAUACCACCAGGUUCCGGCUCUGGGAGAGAGUAUAUAGGACUAUCUUCGUCAUCAUAGUGACUUGUGUGGCGAUUGCCUUCCCUAAGUUGGAGAGCAUGAUGGGCUUGCUUGGAGCAUUCUGCAUAUCGAGUCUGGGCUUCAUAUUCCCUGCGUUCAUCGAUCUGCUAGUGACAUGGGAGAACCCUGGACUUGGGAAAUUAAAAUGGCGCCUUUGGAAGAACAUUCUACUGAUUACAAUAGGACUAGUGUUAUUCUUUGCCGGCACUUACAGUAACGGGAAAGAGCUUAUAAAUAAUUUGUAAAUAUUGUAUAUUAUG